AGAAUAUUGUAUAACGAUGUGUUCAUCUACCAACAUGAUGAUUGGUUAACAAUGAUCGUAUGGUUUUAUGAAUUUUGAUCGUCUAAAUGAUCACACUUUGAACCAUCCAAUCAGAAAGAACCAAACUAGCACUUAAGAAUCUAUAUAAACUCAACAAGAUCUAACAACAAUUAUUAUGGUUUUGGACACUAUGAUGAGGUGAGUGUUGACUGUGCAGUUGAGACAAAUGAGCGUGUUCUAUGAAUUUCAAUGUGAUCUAAUGAGACAACGUUGUUUUGUUCAUCUGAACUAUUUCAGAUAUACUUUUCCAUCUGGCCAGUUCAUACUGCUGAGUUCGGUUAUCGUAAUAAUUUCAACAUUUUUUGAUUGUCAUGAAAUUUGCAAGAAUCCUGGACUAUUGGAUUAUAGAAAAUUAAUUUUUGGAGACGACUCACAUGAAUACGUAAGAAAUCAGUCGGGUUCUAAUACACAUAUUCAGUCUCACUAUUACUACUAUUUCCGGACAAUCCGCCGUAAUCAGCCUUCUCCAGUUGUAGAUGAAACGUUUGUAAGAUUGACUGCUGACGAGAAAAUCCCUCCGAAAUUCCUGUUUAAAUUCUAUGGCACAGACGUCAGUGAACUAACGAUGUACAGUCAUGGUACAAUAGAAAUGAAAGCAACAAAAGGAUCAGGAACGAUUUACACUGACUUACAAAAGGGUGGGUUGCAUGAACAUCAGAUUUUGAAUAAGAAGGAAUUAUUGGCUGUCCGAAGCAUUUUUCACCGAAACGUUGAUGGUAAAAGUAUGUAUUCAUUAAAUGAUUGUUUGAACGCAUGUGAUAUAUUAACACUUACACCAUCAUUCCUUGUAAUUACUCUCACGUUUUCUAUUUGACACGCGUAACUGAAUUCUUUUCAAAAAUUGACUGAAGUAAUGCAGCGUGAACAUUCUGAAAAAUUAGGCGG